GCGGGGACGCCUGGCCCACGUGCGGGCGGCAGUGCGCGCGCUCCUGCCUGCGGGGAAGGAUCGACAGCAACCGAACCGCGCAGCACAGGCGCAGUCAGACGCGGCGCGAGGAGAAAAAAAAAAAAAACCCUAAUCCAACUCGUUUCGGAUUAUCGUUUUUAUCCAAAUCUCCGCCGUCAGAAACACGCCUCUCCCCCACCACCACCCCCGUGACGAUGAUGACUCGCGAGGAAGAUGCCCCCCCCGUCUGACCUUCGCCUCCGCUCGGUUGCGUCGACGCAUCGUGAAGCGCUGCCGCUCCCGGAGCCCCUCGGCUCCUGCCGCUGCCCCACUUAGCCUCCGUCCCCCCCCCCCACACCCCCCCUGGCUGGAGAGACACAGGUGCUUCGCCCGCCGACUAGCCUGCACAUCUUUUUGAUUUUUUUAUUAUUUAAUUUUUUUAAUCAAUCAAGAGCGAGGCAGAUGCCCCUCGCUCUGUCAUCCCGGCUUGUACUAUGGUGGACUUUCCAUCCCUCAGUCCUUACUGGCCUCUCAUCCGCUUCCUGGUGCCUCUGGCUAUCACCAACAUUGCCAUCGACCUCGGAGAACAGGCCCUCAACAGGGGCAUAGCCACAGUCAAAGAGGAUGCAAUCGAAAUGCUGGCCAGCUACGGCCUGGCCUACUCCCUGAUGAAGUUCUUCACCGGACCCAUGAGCGACUUCAAGAACGUGGGUUUGGUGUUUGUCAACAGCAGGAGGGACCGCAGGAAGGCAGUGCUCUGCAUGGCGACGGCCGGGGCCAUCGCCUUCGUCCUCCACAUCCUGAUAGCUUACACAGAUUUAGGAUACUACAUCAUUAAUAAGCUCCACCAUGUGGAUGACUCUGUGGGGGGCAAGACAAGAAAGGCUUUCUUAUACCUGGCUGCAUUCCCUUUGUUGGAUGCAAUGGCUUGGAUUCAUGCAGGGAUACUUCUCAAGCACAAGUACAGCGUCAUAGUGGGCUCGGCCUCAAUCUCUGACGUCGUGGCCCAGAUUGUGUUUGUGGCCAUCCUCCUCCACAGUAACCUGCAGUGUGUGGAACCUUUACUCAUCCCCAUCCUUUCCCUGUAUAUGGGUGCCUUGGUCCGGUUCAGCAUCGUCGGCCUGGGUUACUACUGUAACAUUCACGACAACAUCCCAGACUCGAGUGGACUGGAUGUUGGCGGUGACGCCACUAUCAAAAAGAUGCUGAGUUUCUGGUGGCCCCUCGCCCUCAUCCUGGCCACUCAGCGAAUCAGCCGACCCAUCGUCAACCUCUUUGUGUCUCGCGACCUCAAGGGGACCACUGAUGCCACAGAGGCCGUGGCGGUCCUCACGGCCACGUACCCGGUGGGUCACAUGCCCUACGGUUGGUUAACUGAACUGAGAGCAGUGUACCCUGCCUUUGAAAAGAACAACCCCGGCAACAAGCUGAGCGCCGGCACCUCGGUCACCAAGUCCCAUAUUCAAAAGUUCACAUUCUGCUGUCUGGCUCUAUCACUCACGCUUUGCUUUGUGGUGUUUUGGACUCCUCAUUUUUCGGAGAAGAUCCUGAUUGACGUCAUUGGAGUGGACAACGCUUUCGCCGACCUUUGUGUGACCCCGCUCCGAAUUUUCUCCUUUUUUCCGCUUCCAGUUACUGUUCGGGCUCAUUUGACUGGAUGGCUCAUGACCCUGAAAAAGACCUUUGUGCUGGCCCCCAGCUCGGUUCUACGCAUCAUUGUUCUCAUCACCAGUCUAGUUGUGCUGCCUUAUAUGGGGGUUCACGGGGCCACGCUCGGGGUUGGAUCCCUCCUGGCCGGCUUCAUAGGAGAGUCGACAAUGGUUGCCAUAGCAGCGUGCUAUGUUUAUCGACAACAGAAAAACAGCGAGAUGUCCAAUGAGCUGGUGGUGGAGGGCGAGGACUCCGCCCCCAUGGGCGAGGUGUGCUCCAGGACUCAGAUGGACGCCAUCGAGGAGCUCCAGGAAGAGGAGGAGGAGGAACUCUCACUGCGGGGAAAAGGUGAAGCCGACCCCCAUGUGGCAUUUUGCUGAAGAAGAGACUGCCGAGUGUUAAGAGUGCUGGAGAGGAGACCCGGGUAUGGUUUGGUUUCAGAGGUUCUCCCGACAGGAUAAACAGAGUAAGAGUGCCGAGGUCUUCUUCACACCAUUAAAACGCACAAUGUAAAGAAAGCCAUGCACCUCCCAUGUGUCGAUUCAUCCGUGUAAAUACCGUGAUGUCUUCCGGUCCUUUUUCCUCCGUUCUCAUAGUUUUUGCAUCAUGACAUCGGCUGGUGUGUUCACCACUUUCAUGUGUUUACUGGUAAACAAGGGGAAGCGACGCAGGAGAUCUUUUCCUCCUAAGCAGCCAGAAUGAAACGUCUGUCGAGUGGUAGUGGAGUUGCCAAAAAUACAGAGCUCAUUAUUUUAUGUUACUUUAUCAAAAUUAAGCGGCAAGGCCUUGCUUGAAUUCACAUAUAGACAUGUUGUGGGACUUGUUGGGUUGUGCAAUCGUAUUUUACAUACAACGGUGUACAGAUUAUUGUGGUUUUGUAUAGGUAAUGCAAUGUGUAUAUUUAAUUGCCCAGAGGGGUCGGGAAUCCCUUGUUAUAUCAUCGCGUGUGUGUGUGUUUCAGAAUACAGUUAUGAUCGUUCACUUUCCAUGCAGUCUGGGAGUCCAUCUACUUUUGUUUUGCAAAGCAUUUUCCUGGUAGUGUUCAGACUGUCGUACGUACUGUAUAUAAUGUAUAGGCAUUCUUAUUUGGCGAAUAAAUAGCUUUAUUAUCAAUGCU